UGAAGAUACUGAGGAACAAACAGACCUGAUGGUGCUGAAAGAGGAGAGUCAAGAACUGAAUGAAACCGAAGAGAAAUAUCAAAAUGAUAAACACUAUGAUUUCAAAACUGAAGAAAAAUCAGUUAGUUGCUCACAGACUGAAAAGACUUCCUCACCAAAAAAAGCUAAAAAAUCACGAAGUACAAACCUUAAUCCCCACAUGAAAAUUCACAUUGAAAAGAAGCCGUCAAUAUGCCCUCAUUGUGGAAAAUGUUUUACACAGAAAAAACUCCUUAAUGUCCACAUGAAAGCUCACACUGGAGAGAACCCUUACACCUGCAAACUGUGUGGGAAGAGUUACACACGAAAUGGAAGUCUUAAAACUCACAUGAGAACUCACACUGGAGAGAACCCUUACACCUGCAAACUGUGUGGGAAGAGUUACACACGAAAUGGAAGUCUUAAAACUCACAUGAGAACUCACACUGGAGAGAACCCUUACACCUGCAAACUGUGUGGGAAGAGUUACACACGAAAUGGAAGUCUUAAAACUCACAUGAGAACUCACACUGGAGAGAACCCUUACACCUGCAAACUGUGUGGGAAGAGUUACACACGAAAUGGAGAUCUUAAAACUCACAUGAGAACUCACACUGGAGAGAGACCGUUCAUAUGUAUUCAGUGUGGAAAGAGUUUUACACAGAAAAAAUCCCUUAAUGUCCACAUGAAAGCUCACACUGGAGAGAAACCUUACACCUGCAAACUGUGUGGGAAGAGUUGCACACGAAAUGGAGAUCUUAAAACUCACAUGAGAACUCACACUGGAGAGAGACCGUUCAUAUGUAUUCGGUGUGGAAAGAGUUUUACACAGAAAAAAUCCCUUAAUGUCCACAUGAGAAUUCACACUGGAGAGAAGCCUUUCACCUGCCCUCAGUGUGGAAAGAGUUUCAGGAUCAAAGAAAUCCUACAGACUCACAUAAGAAGUCACACUGGAGAGAAUCCAUUCAUAUGUGAUAAGUGUGGAAAAUGUUUCAGAUAUAAAGAAAACCUUAAUUAUCACAUGACAAUUCAUUUAAGAGAUGAGCGUUUUAAUUGUCAUCAGUGCGAAAGGAGUUUCACAGACACAAAUCACCUUAAGAAUCAUGUUAAAAUUCACAUCGGAGAAAAGCCUUUCAUGUGCCAUCACUGUGGGAAGAGUUUCUCAAGAGAAGGAAGCCUCAAGGAUCACAUGAGAAUUCACACUGGAGAGAAACCUUUCACCUGCGAACAAUGUGGAAAGAGUUUCAGGGUUAAAGGAAACCUUAAGUUCCACAUGAGAGUUCACACUGGAGAGAGACCUUACAAGUGUCUUCAGUGUGAGAAGAGUUUCAAAAGUCAAAGCAGCAUGAAACGUCAUUUGAAAACUCAUUCUGGGAAGAAAUUGCCAUUUUCCUCAGAGUCACAAGAGGUUUAGAAAAAGAAACAAUUUUUACAAUCAUCUGUACAUUCAUUCUGGAAGACAAUUAAAUUGUGGUCAGAGUAGUAAAAAUAUUUUUUGCCAUCACACUUAUAUGGAGCCAGAAUGAUCUCAAUAAUAAUUCACGCAAAAGACUCGAUGCACACAUGCAUAACCCAAUUCACAUGCAUGAGAAAUAAUUCACGUGCACGAAAAAUAUAUAUAUAUAUUCACAAAAACCAA